GGCCAUUGAAAGCCCCAACAAAGACGAUGACACACAGUGGUUGACUUACUGGGUUGUGUAUGGUGUUUUCAGCAUAGCGGAAUUCUUCUCUGAUAUCUUUCUGUCCUGGUUCCCUUUCUACUACAUGAUAAAGUGUGGCUUCCUGUUGUGGUGCAUGGCUCCAAGUCCUUCUAAUGGGGCAGAGUUUCUCUAUCAUCGAGUUAUCCGGCCUUUCUUCCUGAAGCACGAAGCGCAGCUUGACAGUGUUGUUAAAGACCUGAAAGACAAGGCUGCAGAGACUGCAGAUACGAUCACUAAAGAAGCCAAGAAAGCAACAGUGAACUUACUGGGUGAAGAAAAGAAGAGCACUUAAACUAUUAUCUGGCUAAAGUUUCCCUACCACCUCCUUUAUGAAGCUUGAUGUUACUGGGAACUGUGGUAUAAUUUUAAUAAUAUUGCCUUGGAAACAUUUUCGUAUAUUAAAGGAAUGUGUUGUAAGUUUGCUUACUACUCUGCUGUGUCUGUAUAGAAAGUAAGCAUUUUUAUUUAAAAGCAAUGCAGUGGGCAGCAUCUGAAGCUUAAUGAAAAUAUUUUAUUCAUGCAGAAGAAAUCUUUUGGUAAUCUCUUUCUGCAGUAGCAUAAAUAAAAAGUAUAUAUCCCACAGGCUCUGCACUUUAGUUGUCUCUUUGUAUAUGUAAUUACUCUUAACACUUUGUGGCAUGUCAGGUAAAAUGAAGCUAUUGUGUAAGGAAAAUACUAGUCUGAAUGGAUCUUCUUGAAUACACAGGGAAUUAUUGUGAGAGAUGGCAUAAUGGAUGUAUUCCCCACCAGUAAAGUUGUAAAUUAUGGAAUUACAUCUUCUAGGCACCUGAUGAUAGAGAUUAUUCACUGUUGCAUGUUCUGUUGUAAUACAGUAUUUGGUACAGUGUGUGUAUUCUUAAAUGGACAGAUACUAAGUAUAGGAAGGAGUAACUUCAAGUGAUCAAACUUA